UGACCAUAGAGUAUCUGAGCGGACAUAUUCUCUGUGGGGCUUCAUGGCAACACAUGCAAACGAUUAUGUGAACCCAUUGUAUGUGGCCGAGACUGCCAAAAACUACCUUUUGCAACCCUGUGUUGCCCCUCAGGCCCUAAGAUUUUGGAGAGGCCUUUACACCCGGUUUGAGGCUGGAGUUCACCCACGAGACAACCUGGAUGACAUCGUGAGCUCUCUGGACCAGCAAUGCACCUGCCUUGAGGAACACACCAAACUCUUAAACAAGAGAAUAUCAAUGCUCAAGGAUCUCUUGACAAAGUACAAAGAGACCAAAAGUGCAAGAAAAGGCACUGUUGAACGGGAGUCCAAGGAAGAGAAGAAUGGUCUUGUACUGGGAGCAAAUCCCCCAUCUCUAAAAGCUGGUGAGCAGCUUACAGGGGAACAGCUAGCAAUGGAGCUGAGCUCUGUGUCUCUUGAUUGGAAAUCCCUGCGAAAUGUGACCCAGUGCUCCUGUUCCACUGCCUUUGACAAUCACAGCAUCAAGAUCCAGCAUUCGCAUAUCGGAUCGGUGGAGAAGCUGAGCCUGAGCACGAGCGGCUGCCCGCUGCACAUCCGCUGCAAGACCUUCCUC